AUGCAGAGGGGAACGGCUCCCCCCACCACCCGCAGACACACCCCAGACUACUCCCCCUGGAACCACCGCGUGCCCCCCAGCGCAUACGGCUCGGCCUCACACCCCAACCCAUACACAGACACACCCCCUUCCCCGGGAGACCAGCUCCACUCCGCCCUGCCCCUCCACAUGGACGACACUACAGAUCUCAAAAGACGGCUGUCGGAAAAGCAGCCCCUCAAUGAGCCCACCCAUGGCGAGCUCUCGCUAGACGACGACUCGGGCAAGUGGGCCAAAGGCCAUGGGGCUGGCCCCGGCUUUGGUGGAAGACGGGGGCUGCCCCCAAAGCAAAGAAUACCAGGAUGGAAGGGCUUUGCGAUCGAGCACGAAGAAUGGGUAUGGGCAGGCAUCUAUACCUUCCUUUCAAUGCUCACUCGGUACUGGCGUAUUGGCGCUGCCAACUAUGUCGUAUGGGACGAGGCGCAUUUUGGCGGCUUUGCCUCUCGCUAUCUCAACCGCGAGUUUUAUUUCGACGUCCACCCUCCUCUAGGCAAGAUGCUCGUCGGUCUUGCGGGUCUGCUCGCAGGCUACACUGGCAACUUUGACUUUAAAUCAGGUGUGCAGUACCCCCCAGAUGUCCCUUACACGGCUAUGCGAGUCAUCCUGGCGACGUUCGGAGUGGCCCUGGUACCCCUGGCUUGGUUUACAGCAGGCGAGCUCGGAUGGAGCAGAUUUACGAGACAUUGGGUGACCAUCUGUGUCCUUUGUGACGUCGGAUGGCUCUGUAUCUCCCGAUUCAUCCUCCUCGACUCUAUGCUCUUAUUCUUUACGUUCACCACCACCCUCGGUCUCGUCAAAUUCCACAACCAACGUCACGACGCCUUUAGCGACGACUGGUGGAUAUGGCUCGUCUUUACCGGCUGGUCUAUCGGCUGUGUCUGCAGUGUCAAAUGGGUCGGGAUGUUUAUCACUGCCGUCGUAGGUAUCUAUACCAUUCAAGAUUUGUGGGCCAAGUUUGGUGACCUGUCGAUGCCUUUCCGCACAUACGUCAAGCACUGGGUCGCCCGAAUCGGCGCGUUGAUGGUCAUUCCCUUCCUCGUCUAUGCUGCUUGCUUCAAAGCCCACUUUAUGGUGCUCAACCGCUCGGGGCCGGGCGAUGCCCAAAUGUCGUCCUUAUUCCAGGCCCAUCUCCGUGGGAAUGACUUUGGCGAGUCGCCCCUCGAAAUUGCCUAUGGCUCCAAAGUGACUCUGAAAAACUAUGGCUAUGGUGGUGGUCUUUUACACUCCCAUGUCCAGACUUUCCCCGUUGGAAGUUUGCAACAACAGGUCACUUGUUACCAUUACAAGGACGAGAAUAACAACUGGGAUAUCAUCCCUCCUUGGUACGCCGACCCCAUCGACCCUGAUGGGCCUAUCCAUUUCUUGAAGGACGGCGACGUCAUUCGUCUCGUUCAUACUCAGACUGGCCGCAACCUUCACUCCCACAACAUUGCUGCUCCUAUAUCCAAAGAAGCGCUCGAGGUGGCUGGUUACGGAAACCAGACCAUCGGCGACGACAACGAUCUCUGGGUCGUCGAGGUCGUCGAUGAUACUCGCCCAUCCAAGUCGGCCAAGGAGGACGGCAAGAUUCACUCGUUGACCACGAGGAUGCGAUUCAAGCAUCGGGACUUGAAGUGUUAUCUCAGAGCGGCCAAUGGGGUGUUGCCGCAGUGGGGUUUCAAGCAGGUUGAGGUUACGUGCACAAAGGAAAACAACCCAAAGGACCCGCAUACCUAUUGGAAUGUAGAGUCGCAUUGGAACCCUAGGUUGCCCGCGGGUGAUGUCAAGCUCUACAAGUCGCCCUUCUGGCGUGACUUUAUCCACCUCAAUGUGGCCAUGUGGACUUCCAACAAUGCCCUCGUUCCCGACCCUGACAAGGAGGACAUUCUCGCAUCCCAGCCUUUCGACUGGCCGCUCCUUCACCUCGGUCUUCGUAUGUGUGGCUGGGGCGACCACCAGAUAAAAUUCUACCUCCUUGGUACGCCAAUCAUCUGGUGGUUCUCCACUGCUAGCUUGGGCAUUGGAUUGUUGUUGGCGGCGUGGUAUGUGGUGAGGGCGCAGAGAGGGUACAAGGACUGGGGCAAGGGUGAAUGGGAACAUUGGUUGUGGGUUGGGCAAGUCGGAUUCUCUGGGUGGGCGUUGCAUUUCCUCCCAUUCUUAAUCAUGGGGCGUGUCACCUACUUGCAUCACUACCUUCCCACGCUCUACUUUGCCGUUCUCAUCGCCGGCCAUGUCCUCGACCACUUUUUCUUCUCGUCCCGUCGUCUGUCUCAAAAACAAAAGAUAAUCUGGUUUGCUCUCUGGGCAGGCGGUGUGAUUUUGAGUUUCUGGUGGUUCAAGGAUUUGGCUCUGGGGAUCAGGGGGUCGGUCAACGAUCACCAUGGGUGGGACUGGAGGAGUACGUGGAAUAUCUACAACUAG